UUCAGCUGUCUGCAUAUCUCACAGUGCUUACUACACUGGGAUUCUGCAUUCACAGAAUGGCCCAACUCAACUUCCCUGUUCCGGAGCUGGAAGUCACUCUGAGAGAGGCGCGUCGUGUUUUGCAAUUGAUCCUGAGCCCUGAACAGUUCCAGCACUAUGAAAACAUCCUUUCCCAGCAAGCAGAGGUGCUGCAAGAAGCCCACAGCUGCUUGGCAUCUGCCGCUUCCGAACGUGAAAACUGGGUGACGGAGCAAUUCAAGAGCCGGCUGCUUUCCUGUGCUGACCCCCUUCCCACAUCUACAGCCAUUCCUGCUGUCCUGCCACCCUCGAAAUUCAAGGGGGAAGGUGCACAAGCAAGACGGGCCGCUGCUCUCCUCUGGGCUGUGGCUAAGCUCUACGGUGAGCCAUUGCUGAUUGAGGCAGAUGGGCUAAUGGAGCGGACACAGCAGUCAGAGGUGUUUGCAGCCAGUCGCUUACCCGGAAAAACUCAGGAUCAAAUAAAGGUCUAUCCUGACAGCCUUCACGCCAUUCUAAUCUGCCAGGCAGGCGUGUUUCAGGUGCAAAUCCUGGCUCGUACCCGCAUUGGGGGGCCCUUCUCCCCCUUGCCUUUCUCCAGUAUCUACAGCCAGGUGUUGGAGGUGAUGAAUCAACCUAAAGCCAACCAGGAUCAGGACCCUGCUCCUGUCUGCGGCUUCUCUGCCUUGCCACGUCAAGUCUGGCAUGACCUAAGAGAGCAGAUCUUAAGCAGAGGGGGAGCUGCGGCAGUGUCACUGAGACUGAUGGAGAGUGCCAUUCUGGCUCUGGCUCUGGAGGACUUCCAGCCUCCAGCUGACCUGGCACAAUCUCUUAACAUUGUGAGGCUUGGAGGAGGUGAUGGACCCUCCCUACGAUACUACGAUAAGGUGAUGAAUUUAGUGGUGUUUCAAGACAGCACUGCAGGGAUGGUGUUUGAGCACUGUGCUCUAGAUGGCAUGGUGGCAGGACUGGUGGCUGAGACUCUUGCCCUUAGGAAGACUCUAGGAGACUCAGCCAACAGUCACAUCUUGGUCACACCCACUCACAUGCGCCAUUACAAACACGGCCGCUGUGAUCCCACCUACUCCUGCACCGCACAGUCUCGCCUGCUGGUGGAGGCCCUAAUGUCACGUCAGGGGACACGCAACGCUCCAGAAAACACCAAAGAUCUUUUUCGACUCUUCCACCAAGCUUUCCAGGAGCACAAACAUCUAAUAAAAAACACCAAAAGUGGCCAAGGUGUAGGCCCUCAUUUAGCUGCCCUGCGCUGGGCCAUGUCUCAAGACAACCCCCUCAGGAAGUUUAUGGAUCCUUUCAGUUGUCCCUCUGUCUACCUCACAGGCAAAGAUUUGAUGGAAGGGGUGGAAUGUGCAGUAGGAAAUGUGUAUGCCUGUGACCAGCUGGCUGUGACCUACCUUGGAAAGCGAGAUCUUGUUCGUCUGGUGCUUAAUGGAAAGGGUAGCUUUGCUGAAAGCUUAGGCCAACUUCAGGAGAAUCUGAAAGGAACCCUCAAGCUGGUGAUGCUCCUAGCCCUGAAAUAUGCCAUUGCAGGAGAAAUGGGAGCCACAGAAUGCUGGCUGGGGGAGGGGGAAGUUAAAGUGGGCACGAUGUCAAGUGAACAAAGUGGAAGCCAAAAAGAUUUAAACAAGAAUAAGACUUCCUAUGACUUGACUGCAAAUAUGAAAUCAGAUUUCACUCUGGUGAUCCACGGUGGAGCCGGGAAGGAGAUGAUGUUGAAUCAGAAGGUUAUAGACGUGAUUGAAUUCUCACUGCAGUCAGCCCUAUUGUUAGGGAAACAAGAGUUAGCAGGUGGAGGAAGCAGUCUUGACACAGUCCAGAGGUGUGUGACUGCACUUGAAGACUGCUUCUUGUUCAAUGCUGGCAAGGGCUCAGUGUUUAACAGGGAAGGGAAACUUGAAAUGGAGGCAACUAUAGUUGAUGGAAGUGGAAUGAAUUCAGGAUCAGUGGCUUGUGUGCAGACAGUGAAAAACCCAAUAAAGGCGGCCAGGCAGGUCAUGAAGAAUAGUCGACAUGCGCUGCUGGUUGGAGAUGGAGCAGAGCAAUUUUUAGACAGCCUUGAAGAGAAGGAGAAGCCGGUGGAUUUGGAGUAUUUCCACACCGAUUUACGAUAUAAGGAACUGGAGAUGAAGCGUAAAGCCAGCAAAGAUUCCAGUAACAAUCAUCCACAAACAGUAGGAGCUGUCGCACUGGAUCGCUGCAGAAGAUUAGCUGCUGCAACAUCGAGCGGGGGAUUAGUGGGCAAGUGGAAGGGAAGAGUGGGGGACACUAGUGUGAUGGGCGCUGGGAUAUUUUCUGAUACGAAGCUGGCGGUAACAUGCUCCGGUGAUGGGGAUGUGUUUCUGAAACAUACGGUUGCGCAUAAAGUAGCAAGUCUCUACCACCACAAAGGCUACAGUCUCCGUGAGGCCUGCCGGGAGGUAAUCUCUGAGCACCUGGAGGGCUGUUGUGCAGGAAUUAUUGCUGUUGAUGUCAGUGGUGAAGUUGCAAUUGAAACUAAUGCAGGUACAAUGUUUGUUGGGUCUGUAAUUGAUGGCAUUAUACAUGCUGAAGUCUUGAGGCCCACUGAGACUUAUUCUAACGUGAUCUGGGAAACAGAUGAACUUGUGGCCUACUUACACUCUGCACCUUGGACCCCAGGGGCAACUGUACUAACUCUGAAGAACCCGAAUAGACCUUGCAGUGUCUUUCACUUACAGGAACAUGAUUACCUAGUUCUGCUGCUGGGAGCAAAGGCAGUUGCACAUCUUCUCUGUGAAAAACUAGGUGUGCAGCGCUGCGCUCUGGUGUUCAAGCCACGUCCAGGCCAGCCAGCUCACAUCCGUGUGCUUCCGUUGCAUGGACUGGAACCUAACUGGACACCCCAGCAUGCUGAAGAAGAGGACUUUCAGCCUUAUGACCCUGGUUACUGUAGCUCUAAGAGUGGACCACGCUGGGAGGAUGUGGAGUUGAAGAAGCUUCAACACAGAAUUCGAUCUCACCUCCCUAAUCCUGAUUCCCCCUUCAGCUACCAUUUUCUUGGAGAUCCGUCUCACGAUAACCUGUUUUCUCGCAUCGUGCGUGGGGAGGAACACCAGUGGCGGGUGUGGGAAAACGGUGACCACGUGGCCUUCCUCACACCAUAUCCUAAUACACCAGGUCUCACUGUUCUUGUCCCUCGUCAGCCACUUUCUAGCGACAUCUUUCGUCUGGAUGAGGAUGACUACAAGGCACUAGUCCUAGCCUCCCGUGAAGUCGCUCAACUGCUUGAACGAGGGAUGGGUGCCCAUGGCGUGGCAUUAAUAUUUGAAGGCUAUGAAGUUGACUAUGCCCAUGCAAAACUGAUUCCACUGCUUCUUCCGCCUGGCAACUCUCCUUUAACCACACCACCAGUUCACCAGUUUUGCCAAAUCUAUCAGGGAUACGUGACAUCUGCUGAUGGGCCCCCAGCAAGUGUCGAGAAUCUAAAAGAGAUCCGCACAAAAAUCACACAGUGCAAACCACCACAAUCGUGGGAAGACCCUCAAAAACAUGCUGCUCUGGCAAUAAACAGCCAGUGGUACCGAAACCUUUUUAAGAUCCAGAAUACUCUCUUCCAUGCUACUGUGGAGUUUUUUCAUACAAUCUGCAGGUAUGCGUAUGCACUCACCCCCCUUACCACCGAUACCAUUUCCUCACCAAUGGGCCUUGGGUCUGACUCUGAGCCGGUUUGCGUGAACGUGCUAGGGCAAGAUGUAUACUUAGCGGACUCUAUGCAGUUUGUCCUGGAGUAUUUCCUGCGUUUUCAGGAAGGAUUGCCAGGUGCUUAUUAUGUGUCUCCCAGUUUCCGGGGGGAAGAUCCUGACGCUACACACCUGAACCAGUUCUACCAUGUAGAGUGUGAGCUUCUGGGUAGCAUGGACACUGCCAUGCAAGUAGCAGAAAACUAUCUGGUGCACCUUACACGUGCAAUGCUAAAAAAGCACUCUGACAUCAUCCUAAGGUCUGCCGGGACUGUUUUGCAUGCUCGCGACCUGUUGGAGAAGUUAGAUGGGCAGAAGCCUCUACCAAGGGUCACACUGGAACAAGCUCUGUCAAUUAUGCCUUCUGAGGACUGUAUGGAAUGGGUGCAAGAUGGGGAACCCCAGUUUGGCAGGAAUUUAACCCGUAAAGGGGAGCAAGUCCUGAUCGAGAUGUAUGGAGGAGCCGUUUGGCUGACAGACAUGGACCACCUGGGGGUCCCAUUUUAUCAAGCAUAUGUAGAGGGUUCAGGGAGGUGCAAAGCCAAAGCAGCAGACCUCCUCUUGGGAUUGGGGGAAACCAUUGGCCUGGGGGAACGGCAUUCCACCCCUGGCAUGGUACAAGAGGCCCUGAGGCACCAUGCUGUGCCAGAGGACUCCUACAGGUGGUACAUUAAUAUGCGCCAAGCCAAACCAUUGCUCACCAGUGGCUGGGGAAUGGGCACCGAGCGGUACUUGUGUUGGCUGCUCAAGCAUAACGAUGUGAGAGACAUGCACAUUAUACCACGCAUGAAGGCAAAAAAGUAUAUGCCAUAAAAAACUAAAUACCCCGUUCUCCAGAACUUAAACAUCCAUUUCAACCAAUUAACGGUUGAGUCUGUCACCUUUUCCAAGUACAAAUGUUCACUAAAAACAUCUUGAUGUUUUAUUAGUACGCCAAGUGCCUAUAAAUUUUUACUCAUAAGUAUGUACCAGCUAAUAGCUAGCUUUCUGCUAUUUUUAAGAAGUAUUUCCCUUAAGAUUUUACAGUGUUAGGCAGAACACCUAUGAAUGAAUUGUAUACAGCAACAAACUUGUUACCAAAACUCAACAAAAAUGUUUUUAUUCCUUUAUGUUUUUCAAGUAUAUG